GUGGGUAUGUGAAGCGGAUAUGAGCAAUUGAUUCGACACUUCUCUUCCGUAGAAUUCACGAUUUUCGUAGACUUGACGAUGGUUUAACCGCUUUCAGCGCUCCUGGUGAAUCAAUAUAGGAGUGGACGUGAUGUUUUCAGUGAACUUGGCGAAGCAUUAGACAAACAAAACACCAUGAGCGUUCCGCUUCGUGCCAACAUCUCUCGCGGAAAUCCCGAGAAGGUGUUCGAUUUGAUCGAAAAAGUUGGAGGUGGAACAUAUGGAGACGUUUUUAAGGCCAGAGUCAUCUCUACAGGGGAACUGGCUGCAGUGAAAGUUGUAAAAGUCGAACCAGGUGAUGAUUUUGAACUGAUUCAGCAAGAAAUUGCCAUGAUGCAAAACUGUCAGCAUCCAAAUAUCAUUCAGUACAUAGGCAGCUAUCUCAGGAGAGACAAGCUAUGGAUAGCAAUGGAGUUCUGUGGGGCAGGAUCUGCACAGGACAUUUAUUGUGUUACUGGACCAUGCAGUGAACCUCAGAUUUCUUUUAUUAGUGUUGAAACUCUGAAGGGUCUUGCCUACCUCCAUGAGAAGAACUUAAUGCACCGUGAUAUCAAGGGUGCAAACAUCCUGUUGACAGCACAAGGCAACAUCAAGUUAGCUGAUUUUGGCAUUGCUGCCCGGAUAUCAGAGACCAUGACAAAAAGAAAGUCAUUUAUAGGAACUCCUUACUGGAUGGCACCAGAAAUGGCAGCUGUAGAGCGACUGGGAGGGUAUGACUUAAAGUGUGAUAUUUGGGCAGUUGGCAUAACAGCCAUUGAACUAGCUGAGCUUCAACCUCCCAUGUUUGACUUACAUCCUAUGAGGGCAUUAUAUUACAUUGGAAAAAGAAGUUUUGUACCGCCUACUUUAAAAGACAAGGACAAAUGGUCCCCAGAACUUCAUAGUUUUCUAAAGACAGCUCUACAGAAAAAUCCAAAGAAGAGACCCACUGCAGACAGAUUGUUAACACAUCCAUUUUGUGGCCAUGGCUACACCAGAGCAGUUAUACAGGACUUGUUAGACACAUACAAGAGGAAAAAAGGAGAUAAGGGGAAUAUCGCAGGACCAGGUGAUGAUGAUGAUGACGAAGAUGAUGCUGCUCCAGUUGAUGAGAAUGUCCAAGUUCUUACAAGAAUUAGAUCCAGGAAAAUACCUGAGAAAAAUCUAGAAAGAAGCAGCAUAUCAGGAUCUCAAGGAAAGUUAGAUGGAGUGCAGGUGGAGCCAAUGGUAAGCAGAGAAACAAGACCACAACAUCAGGCAGAGAAUGGAUCAUCAGGAGUACAAAAUGGAGAAAUAAGCAUGGACAAUGGUGAAGACAGUGGAACAAUGAAAGUUCUUUGUGAAGACCAGGGUGAUGAUGAGCCCCCACCCUUACCUCCUAAGUUAAACAGGAAUUCUCAUUACCAAGUGCCACAGCCUAGCAUGAAACCAGUUCCACCUCCAAAGCCAGUACAUCUGAAGCUGUCAAGAGUUGUAAGUGCACAAGAGGGGGGCCAACGAUCGUCUCAACCAAAGCCAAGAAAAUACUCUGAUAUAGAAGUGCCUAGCAGCAGAGUCCCUCCACCAAGUAUUCCCCCACCGAAACCCCCAGUCGGAGCCAGAGUAUCAGACCCAGGAAGACUCUCUUCUGGCAAGAAAACUUCUAUUACAACAUGUUUUUCCAAGAUCUUUAAUGAGUGUCCACUUCAUAUCUAUUGUACUGGGCUUUGGGUAAAUCCUAGCACAGGAGAGAGACACAUCAUUGUUGGAGCAGAGGAAGGUGUUUAUUCUCUGAACUUCAGUGAACAAUUACAUGAAGCAGAAAUGGAACAGAUUUGUGCUAAGAGAUGUACGUGGCUGUCAGUUUUCCAAAACGUGAUGGUGUCACUUCAAGGAUCUCCCAGUUGUGUGUACAUGCACAGCCUGCAAACACUGCACGAUAGGCAGCAAGCUUUCUUUGCCACAGUCACAAGGAAUAACAGAAUUUCCGAAACAAGAGGUUGUUCCAAGUGCUGUAUUGUAAAUAACCCGUACAACAGUCAGGUGUACCUCUGUGUAGCGGUGCAGAAGAGUGUCUUUCUCUACCAGUGGUAUGAGCCGUGGGGAAGGUUCAUGAAAGUGCAGUACUAUGAUGUGGAUAUUCCGUCACCCCCGCCACUGUUUGAACCGCUUGUGAAACAAGACCUGGAAUACCCCAUGAUAUGUGUUGGAGUGAGAGAACUGGCCGAUGGUAGCCUUCAUUUUGAAUGCGUGAAUUUGAAUUCCUUAUCAAAUUGGUUCACAGAACUACCUGAAGGGAAAAAAAUUGAAGUGGAUAGUGUGGACCACUUGGAAAAAGAUACAGUUCUUGUUUCAUUCAACAAAAUAGUCAAGUUUGUCAAUCUGGAAGGCAAAACGAAACAGUUCAGAAGACAAUUGUCAGAAAUACAUUUUGAUAUCAAGCCAGAAUCUGUGGUCUGUUUACAAGGUAGCGUUCUAGCGUUUCAUGAGCAUGGGUUGCAGGGAAGAAGUCUUCACAGUGGAAAGAUUAAUGUCGAGAUGAACGAUCCCCGACGCACGUUUAGACUGCUGGGAUGCGAGAGCAUUGCAGUUGUUGAGAGUAAACCUUCCGACAACCCUAAUGCACCGUGCAAUCUGUACAUACUGGCCAGCAACCGCAACCAACAGAAGUAGUCUUCCCCGAAGGAAGAGGCUCAAACAUGCGGUGUCUACCCCUGAGGGAGGCAAAUCACCUUCAGAGCGCGGAGCAUGCAGUUCGUGUUUAAUUACCCCAAUCUAGAUUUCACGUUAAACUUUUUAGAAUUCAUUUACGUCGCAAGCAAUUUUUAUUACGGGUUCGCCAAUAGUUAUGUUUUUUCGUGGCGUAUGUAGAGACAAAAAACCUCGAGGCAUUAUUUAAUUAUUAAUGAACUGAAAACUCUAAGAGGAUUUUAGACGAACCCGCGAAACAUGAGAGUGGUUGAGAAAUUAUGAGUUGUUGUAUUGUACCUUCUAAAAAUCGCGCCCAACUUAAGAGUUUGAAAUUAGCAUUGAAAAAACACCGAAAAACCAUGAAGAGUUCCUCAGAGACUCAGUAUAGAGACUAUUUACAAAAAAUACAAUUUUUUCUAUUUUUUUAAUGUUGUUUUAAGCGAAACGAUUGUAUUUGUUAUCGUAAAAUAUUUAGAUGCACACUACAAAAGUCAAUGUUUUUACAGUAGGACUUGAUUCCUUUGCAAAGCAUUUUGCUAAACAAGAAGGAAAACUUCGCAUCUGAUUAGUAGUUUUGUAUCAAAGAAAACAUUUUUAUCUUAAAACCUAUCGCUGAGUACUUAUCACGCCAUGUUAGUAAAUUCUGUUGCAAACAAUCUACGUUAUUGUUAAGCUGUUGUUGUAUUCUCUCAAAUAUACAUUUUUUCAACAGUGUAGAGCGCUCUUCGAUUGCAUGCCGGGAAGAAGCGAGCGACCAAGUCGCCAUCGGCUUUAGUUUUGAAUCUGAUUGCCUCAGACAGUGGUGCGUGUUUUCUGGACCCGAUGCAGAGCGAAAUAUCGCGAAACCGAAGCAAUUGUGAAUUACACUGGACGCUCGGUCGAAAAUUGCUUCAAGCUGCUCUUAAUUGGACAACCAUCAGAUUACAACAAUAUGAAGCUUCUCAAUCAGAAAGCUAAACGAUAAUUUCAGUUUAUUAUACCAUUAACAAUUUCACAAAGAGGGAUAACAAUUUUUUUCACUUUUUUAAUGAAUGUACAAUUGUAAAGAAUACUUUCUUAGAGAAAAAUGUUCAAUUUCAGAUCAAUGUUUGGAUUAAUUGAUAUCUUUAAUGAUGAUAUUUUUAAUUACAAUACCAAACAUCUGGAAAUGUAAUGGCGUAGUAAUUUGUGCGCUACUCAAUUUCUUUUUUUUUAGCGUUAUGUAAAGAAUUUUAAAGUCACUUUUAGUAUAAUAUCGAUAAAUAUUGCGACUAUAUUUCGAACAAUGACUCAGAGUGGACGUUUUUUCUUCACCAGUAAUUUGUACAUAGCAGUGGAAGGUUAAAUUUAAAGCUAAAAUAAAUACA